UUUCUGAUGCAGUGUUGAGAUAAGCAAGAAUAUAAAAUUAAUGGUUUUCACAAGCUUGUUGCUUUAGAUAUUGGGUAACCUAACCUUGUAGAUGGUAUAUUCUUUGAGGAUAUUUUGAUUUACUUUUACUUGUUCUUUUGAGAGAGACUUCAAUAAAGUUUAAGUUUAUAUCUUUUUUUUUUCUAUUUAUAUUUCCUUGUCCCCAUGUGAUUUCAUUUAUCCCCUUUUCUUGGAAUUUACAAGCUUAAUCAACCGAGAGGCAUAUCAUCAAUAAGGAUUAAACCUGUGUGGAAAUUUUGUUACAAUCUACUCUGUAUUGAAACUUGUUUCGGUAUAGUUUCCUCGUAUCAAAGGUUAUACCACCAUCUCUCUGGUAUCAGGUAUGUUAAGUUUUGUUUAUUACUUUUCUCAACAGGCCAUCUGAGACAGUUCAUCGUCUGUAAACCCUGUUAUAAUUGGUCUCUGUUUCAGUUUUUUAAAGUUGUAUGUUCCUUCAAGUUUUGUUCUGGGUUUCUGAUGUUUUGUAACUGGUCUUGAUAUGUAUUUCUGUAUGUUUGAUCAUUUCAUGUGUUCAUGAAGGGAUGGACCUUAGUUUUUUUUUGAUCCAGAAUAAGAACUCAGGUUUUACUGUAGAACUGUAUAGAACAUCUCAGUCUUCACAAGUAGUACUUAACUACAACACAUAUGCUCAUUUCUUUAGAAGUCUUUCGAGCUGGAAUUAGCUUGAGCCGUUUUGGAUAUGUAAUAGCAUGUACUCGUACAAUAAGGCUAAGGUACAUGUUCUUGAUGAAGCAUGUUUUCUCAUGUUGGUUUAGGUUUCUGAUCAGAAGCAGCUUAAAGAGCAUAGUGGUGUUGCAGUUUAGAUGGCAGUAUCAGCUGAUUACCAAGUUAAGUUUCCUGAAAGUGGUGAUCUCUACUCUAUACUAGCAGCUGAAGGGAUUGAGUUUCUUUUGUCGCAUAGUGGAGAGGUGCCGUUGGAAUAUAUUCAUGGUAAGACGAUUUGUCUCUUCUUCUCUGCAAUCUGGUGCAGGCCCUGCAAGGACUUCACUCCAGAGCUGAUAAAACUCUACGAAAAUCUUCAGAACCGAGGAGAAGAACUCGAGAUCAUCUUUGUCUCAUUUGAUCAUGAUAUGACUUCAUUCUAUGAACAUUUCUGGUGCAUGCCAUGGCUUGCAGUUCCCUUCAAUUUAAGCCUACUCAACAAAUUAAGGGACAAGUACGGAAUUUCUCGUAUCCCGUCACUGGUUCCUCUAUAUUCAGAUGAAAUCUCAGUCGCUGAAGAUGUAAUUGGUCUAAUUGAAGACUAUGGUUCUGAAGCCUUUCCUUUCACUAAAAAGCGAAAAGAAGAACUCAAAGCCAUCGAUGACUCCAAACGCCUUGGAGGACAGUUGGAGAAACUCCUUACUCACGAGUCCCGAAAUUACGUUGUUGCCAGAAAUGGAAGCAAGGUGCUAGUUUCUAAACUUGUGGGAAAGACCAUAGGGUUGUACUUUGGUGCACACUGGUGUCCGCCUUUCCGAUCUUUCACUUCUCAACUCGUAGAUGUGUACAAUGAGCUGGCGACUACAGAUAAAGGCUCCUUUGAAGUCAUCUUAAUUUCAACAGACAGAGACUCAAGAGAGUUUAACAUCAACAUGACCAACAUGCCAUGGCUUGCAAUACCUUAUGAGGACAGAACAAGACAAGAUCUUUGUAGAAUCUUCAACGUCAAACUCAUACCUGCAUUGGUCAUCAUAGGACCCGAAGAGAAAACAGUGACCACAAACGCGAGAGAGAUGGUAUCAUUGUAUGGAUCAAGGAGUUUUCCGUUCACGGAAUCAAGGAUUGUUGAGUUAAAAGCUUGUUUGAAGAAGGAAGGUGAUUCACUUCCAAGGAAAGUGAAAGAUAACAAGCAUGAACACGAGCUAAAACUGGAUAUGGCGAAAGCUUAUGUGUGUGAUUUCUGUAAGAAGCAAGGCAGGUUUUGGGCGUUUUCUUGCAAUGCUUGUGAUUAUGAUCUUCAUCCUACAUGUGUGGAAGAAGAAGAAGCAUUAUUGGUUUAGCAAAAGAGACGGUCGUCGUGAUUUGUCUGAAAGAUUUUGUAAUAUUAGUAGACAAAGAAUCGUGAUAUGUAAUGUUGUCAUGUAAAACUCAAAGUUGAGGAAUUAGGAUCAACAUUGUAAUUAUAUCUUCUGUUUGUACAAUUAACAUGCUUAUUUCAUUAAUAAAAUUAUAUUCUGUUUUU